UUCGCUCACUGUAUUGCGGCCGACGCAAAGUGGCGCGCUACACUGCGCAGCCGCAGCAGCAGCAGAACAGGCGAGACGCAGGCAGACAGUCCUCAGCAGCAGCCAUGGCAGAUGGAAAGGCCAAGGAGGGAGUAAAGACUGAGAACAAUGAGCACAUCAACCUGAAGGUGGCAGGACAGGAUGGCUCAGUGGUGCAGUUUAAGAUCAAAAGGCACACUCCUCUCAGCAAACUGAUGAAAGCUUAUUGUGAACGGCAGGGGCUGUCAAUGAGGCAAAUACGAUUUCGAUUUGACGGUCAGCCCAUCAAUGAAACAGACACACCUUCUCAGCUAGAAAUGGAGGAUGAAGAUACAAUCGACGUGUUCCAACAGCAAACUGGAGGCUCUCCUCUUUAAAGACUGUUUCCUAUGAACAUCCCUACCUCCCCCUUUCAUCCCUGAACAUCUUUGUUAUACCCAGUCUUCAAAUGCUCAUGACCAGUGUUGAUACGAUCCAGUGGAAUAUUUACACAAAAUACUCAAAGGCAGCACAGUUAGUGUUGAGUUUGAUCACACUGCCAUGUUACGUGACAUGUUAACAUGUCUGAACAGCGCAGUGCAGACAAUAAGUAGGCUGCAGUCAGUCUAAUGUGCUGAAGAAACGAGAAACUGUUUUUGUUUGUUUUUUAAUUUCGGAAGAGAACACUUGGUCCUGCUUUUGCUUUUAUACUUACCAAGGCUUUGAUUAAAGAUGGAGGUUUGAUUGAUGUAACCCGGUGUUUUAAAUUCACUGACAUCUGUUGUUAUUAUAAAAAUGUAUUGUUGGAAUAAAAUGAGUCUUUUUUUUUUCUUUUUUUUUUACAAA